AUGGGAGAUCAAGAAUCAAUGAACAUUCUUCCUCCCUCCUCCUCCUCCCCCUCCACCUCCGAUCAACACAACCACAUGACCAUAACCAUACCUCAGCCACUCAAAUUUCUUGUCUCAAACAUCAAAAACUUAGCUCCUCAUCCCCUAACAACUGAAAAUUACCCAAUUUGGCGUGUUCAACUUCUUCAACAAUUCACAGCUAAUGGCUAUGCCGGCCACCUCACCGGUGCUACGAAACCUCCCGCCGAUCCAACGUCUGUUGAGCACGCUCAAUGGCUCCUCGUUGACAGCAAUCUUCUCUCGGCGCUGUUUUCUACGGUUUCUCAGCCAAUUUUGCCAUAUAUCAUCACAGCCACCACCGCCGGCGAAGCGUGGGCUGUUCUUGAACGACGACUUCAGCCGACCAGUCGGUCUCGUGUCAUGCAACUCAAGAACGAGUUGUACCAUGUUCAGAUGAAGGAUAAACCUAUGCAGCAGUACCUCACCCGCAUCAAAUCCAUAAUGGAUAACAUCACCGCAUCCGGAUCACAAAUCGAUCCGGAAGAUAUAAUGCUUCAUACCUUGAACGGCCUUCCCCCUAAUUUCAAUUCUUUCAAGUCUAUGAUUCGAAACUCCCUUCUACCAAUCGAUCUCGAUAAGUUCUACUCCAUGCUCUGCAAUGAAGAAAUUCAUUUGCAACAUCAAAAUUGA